AUGCAACCCGUCGUUGGGAAGAUCGCUGAAAUCAAGGGGUCCCAGGUAGAUCCUCGCUUUGAACCAUGUGAUUUGCUUCUCCAGGCUAGAAUACCCUGCAAAAUCUGGGGGGAAGAUGUCCUCUCUUUCUAUGGUGUUCCGACCGUGGUCUUCGAUCUCUUCAUCCUUGUGUCCAACCCAAAUGAGGCUUCGCAAAGUUUGAUCAACCAAGGUUAUAGCCUUAGCACGCCAAACCCGCGCUUUGCACACAUACCCGAGCUGAGUCAUCGAGUGUCUCGUCUAGUUCCCUCAGUUCUAGCCGAUAAGACUACGCGAACAUCGUCCCUAUCCUCUUCGGAUGGAUUGGGGCUUGUGGAGGCCGAUGAUACCGUGCUCACUGGUGUGGUUCUCCUUUCGGCGUCAGACUGGAAUUAUCCACUUCCAGAUUCCGUUACCGGGCUUCAAGAACUUGUACCAUCUCUUCAUGAAUAUUUUGAUUGCAUUGUUGAGAAGUGGAUGGAUCUGCCAAAGGACAGCGACGACUUACGAGACCACCUCGCGAUUCACAUUGGUUACCAUUCACUUUACCUUGACGAGGUUUGGACUGAGGAUUUUGAGAAGCAAGUUCGCAAAGAACAUCGGCAAUUCUUAUUCGACCUCUUGGCAGAUGGAGCUGCUGGUCGCGUAGAUUUACUCCAUAGUGAAUGCCAGGUAUAUCAUCGAGAUAUUAAGGGCCGUAUAUUGGAAGGAAAUCACGAGCCAGUCAUACAUGACAAGUUUGUCCGUGAACGAGUUGGUCCAGUUAAUGUUGGGAGUCGCUUCGAGUUGACUGUUCCGUAA